AUGUCCCACACGUUUCUGGUCCGGCCGUCCAACACGGAGAAAGAAGCCUUCCGCGCCAAGCUAACCGCGGUAUCCCUGCUGUCGCUGAAACUGAAGCCCGGCGACCUCUGCAGCAUCGCGCGCGAAGUCGUCGACAACGGGCAACAACAGGUGCAGUUGCAGGAGGAGGAUGAUGAUGACGGCGGGCGGCGGCAGCAGCGGCAAAGGUACGCCAUCGCCUGGGAGAGCUCCGGUAAUGGCAUGAAGGACAAUAUCGUGCAGACGUCCAAGUUCUUGCAGGAGCUGCAUGGGUUGAAGCUCGGUGACAGGAUCGUUAUCCAGAGGGCGCAGGAGAGCUUGCAGGACGCCGGUGUGGUGCUGCUGCGCUCAAAGGGCGGUGCGGCGGCGCUGGACGAGCAGCAGAGGAAGUUCUGGGAGUACUUUGCUAAGCUGACGGUCAAGUCUUCGUACGAGUGCCUGGCGGAGACGCAGAAGCUGUCGUUCAAGGUAGGGCCGGAGCUGCAGGAGUUUGAGGUUGCUGAUCCGGGCGCUGGUGGUAUGUCUAUUGGCCGAGUUACUGACCAGACCACCUUCUCUAUCUCGGAUGCUGGAUCGACAGUAUCGGUGGAUGGGGUUGAAUUUAAACCCACGGCAUUGGGCGGGCUGGACUCCCAGAUUGCUGAGGUUCAAAGGAUUGUCGAUCGACUGCUGCGUCCGCGGAUUUCGCCAAAGUAUGCGCCUGUUCAGGGUAUUCUCCUCUACGGGGCCAAAGGCGUCGGCAAGAGUUCGUUCAUCGAGGAGUUGUCGAAAGCAGGAUGGAAGUCUGUCAUUCGCUGGCAGCCUGGGACGAAGCUUGGUUCUCUGACUUCAAGUACUCUGGUCAUCAUAGACCAGCUUGACCUGCCACCCGCGCACAAUGGCUCGAAGCCUGCCAUUCGCGAGGUUGAUCGGCUGUUCACGGCCAUCAAAGGCAAGCCUUGCAUGAUCAUUGGCGAGACUAGGCAUCCGAACGAUGUUGAUUCUUAUUUGCGAACCGAGGGCAAGUUCUCCAUGGAGCUUGAAAUACCGAUACCUUCAGCCCUGCAGAGAAAGCAGAUUGUGACAGCUCUGAGAGGUGAGGAGACUACACCAGAUGACGAAGUCCUUGGACAGAUGGCAGAGCGAACGCAUGGCUAUGUUGGGGCAGACUUGCAUGCGCUUCUUCGGAGAACACUCGAGCUCGCCUCCGAACGUCCUGUUGCAGAAACCGGCAGUGAGCCAGAUCCACCGACAGCUCAAACUGGCAGUGAGACUUCAGGCACGGGAGUCGCCACGACUGUACCCAUAGGGUCCCCCCCACCCGCCUGGACCGUCACACCCACCGACCUCUCCCAGGCCCUCACCCAGAUUCGGCCCUCAGCGCUCCAAGAAAUCUUCCUAGAAACCCCGUCCACCCGCUGGUCAGACAUCGGCGGCCAACACGCCAACAAGCAACUCCUCUCCAACGCCGUGACCCGACCCCUCCAACUCGCCGACCGCAUGGCCAAACUCAACCUCCGGCCCAAAAAGGGCGUCCUCCUCUACGGCCCCCCCGGCUGCUCCAAGACGCUCCUCGUCCGGGCCCUCGCGCGCGAAGCCGGCCUCAACUUCCUCGCCGUCAAAGGCGCCGAGCUCAUCAGCAUGUACGUGGGCGAAUCCGAGCGGGCGACGCGCGAGGUCUUCCGAAAAGCGCGCGCCGCGUCCCCCUCGAUCAUCUUCUUCGACGAGAUCGACGCCAUCGCCUCCCGCGCUUCCGGCAGCACCGGCUCGUCUGCGACUUCAUCCUCCUCAAACCUCAACGUCCUCACCACCCUCCUCAACGAAAUGGACGGCUUCGAAGACCUGCGCAACGUCUUCGUCGUCGCCGCCACCAACCGCCCGGAGACCGUCGACCCCGCCCUCCUCCGCCCCGGCCGCUUCGACAACGUCGUCUACAUCGCCCCUCCGGACCUCGAGGCCCGCAAAGAAAUCUUCUCGACGCAGUUUGUCCGUGGGGCCUACCACAGCACGGCCCGCGGCGUCGACGACGACGUCUGGUACUUUGCCGAGCGCACCGCGGGGUUUUCCGGCGCGGAGAUCGUGGGCAUUUGCCAGCAGGCGGCGGAAUUGGCGCUGGAUUCCGAGAGGGAUUAUUACAAGUUUCUGGAUGUGGAGGAGGCCGUGAAGGGCGCGGUUAGGGGGAUCACGCAGGAGAUGUUGGAGGGGUUUGAGGCGUGGAACGCGACCAGGAUGCGGUGA